AUGUCCUCCAGGCAAGCGACGCAUGCGAACUCCUGGUAUGUCGGCGAUGGUCGUAAACUCGACUCAGAGUUGAGCAGCAACCUCGCCGCUGUCGAGGCAAAAGAGGAAUUCUCUCCCCCGAUCAAAGGUUGCAAAGCAAUCAUUGCCCCGCAUGCGGGGUAUUCAUACUCUGGACGAGCAGCGGCAUGGGCUUACAAGAGCAUUGAUACUACUGGAAUAAAGCGUGUCUUUGUACUGGGCCCUUCCCACCAUGUCUACUUGGACGGUUGCGCUCUGUCCAUGUGCGAGAAGUAUGAGACGCCAUUGGGCGAACUACCCAUAGAUCUGGAGACCGUCAGGGAGCUUCGCGCAACUGGAGAGUUCCAAGAUAUGGACAUUCAAACCGACGAAGAUGAACACAGUAUCGAGAUGCACUUGCCCUAUGUCAGAAAGGUCUUCGAGGGCUUGGACAUCACAAUCGUCCCCAUACUUAUCGGUGCGAUCAACUACACCAAAGAGGUCAAGUUCGGCACUCUUCUUUCAUCCUAUCUCGCGAGAGAAGACACGUUCUUCGUUAUUUCCAGCGAUUUCUGCCACUGGGGCACGCGCUUUCAGUACACAUUCUACUAUCCCAAGCCCCCUCCAACCUCAGCGCCUGCCGUCCGACUAUCCAAAGCCGAUCCAUCGCCACCAGCGCUCGCCACACACCCCAUCCACGCAUCGAUAUCCGCAUUAGACCACGAAGCCAUGGAGCUCAUGACCAUGCCACCGCAGACAGCGCAUCAGGCGCACCUCGACUUCGCUGACUACCUGAAGAGGACCAAGAACACUAUCUGCGGCAGACAUCCGAUCGGGGUGCUCCUAGGUGCACUUGGGGCCCUGCAGAGCCAAGGCCGGGUGCCCCAUCUGGAGUGGGUGCGGUACGAGCAGAGUAGCCAGUGUAAGUCUCUGCGAGAUUCCAGUGUGAGCUAUGCGAGUGGGUACAUUACGGUCUGA